AUAGUGUCUGGUGUAGUUGUCGCAGUUUCAAGAUGGUGUGUACCGCCAAUUACAGCUCGAAUUUGCAUCAGCAUUGCUCAGAAGGAUAAACCUUACUACUUCUUCUUUCUCUCUGUAGAGUUUCUUUGGAUUUGGUCAGUCUGCCGAGCUAGAAGUAGAGCUCGCAAACUCGGCAACUCGUAAGCAAGUGGACGUUAAGAAUGAAGACGGAAAGAAGGAGAAAUUGUUUCUUUUCUACGACGGAGAAACUGUUUCUGGGAAGGUACCGAGUUCUAUUAAUUAGUAGUAUUGAGAUCUGAUCAUUGUGAUUUACGUAUUUGGUUAUUCCAUGGUUACAAUUGGAAUGGCGCACAAAUUCUUGGCCUAAAAAUGAAGGUAAAUUGGUGCAAAUAAUCGCUGUGCACACACGUAAAGAUUUCAAUCCGCGCACCAGCCAUUUGACAGCAAUCCUGCGUUGACAGAAGGCAGACAUACAACAUGUAAUGUUUACAGAUCGACUUGGAAGUUGCUAAACCUUAAAAUCCAUUUUAUGUAAGCGUACAUGUAGUGUAGGCAGGCUGACAUUUUACUACUUUGCAAAUCGUGGUAUGUUUAAUUUCUACAUAAUGCAGUGUCAAAUUACUUGGAUUAGCAAUUUCAUGUAAGAGGCCCUGCCAGGGUAAAUUCUGACAAGCGACAUGACCCAAAAAGUAGUGACAGAACGUAAAAUGAAAUCACGACAAGAGACAACCUCCUUUGGCCAAAUUGCGACAGUGACGGCAAAGCCGAGAAUAAGCGACAAAGGAUGGUGGCUUGGCUUAUUAUCACCAGUCUGAAUGCCAAGAAGAAGUAAUUUUCAUCAAUUUUCCUUGCGCUGUACAUCUCUUGUCAAUGAGCUUCAGUGGUCACCCUCCUGUGAAUUGUGUUAACUGUGGAAUGGCAAUGUAUAGGUGUUUGAUAUGUGAAAUGUUAACUGAGAAAUGGCAGAACUGUAAUGGUUUCUUCACAGCGCAUCGCUAUCCCCCUUUUCUAAAAUUCCGACAAAGGCAAAGAAUUUUCAUUUAAUUUCCGACAGUGACGUGAAGCAUUUAUAAACACCCACACAAGGCUUUUUAAAAUUCAGACGAGCUACAUGGGACCCCCCCUGGUAGGGCCUGAUGUAAACAAGAAGGAUAUUAUGGUGUACUAGUUAAACUUACAUUUAUUUGUGGAUUUAACAUUUGUUGUUAAAGGUGUCAUUAUUCCAAGAACACCCAUUCCCCCUGCCCCCACUGGGCAAAUGCCCCAGCAGUUAUUUUGUUAUGUUAAUUUUGAUCAGUUACCCACCAUAUCGGUUACAAAGACAGUUACAGGUGUAGAUGCCCCAAUUAGGGCUUUACAGAGAGUAUCAAAUAAACAAAUACCAGUAAAAGAAAGUCCAGAUGAAAAAAAGAAACAAGUUGCAUUUGCAUGAAGCAUCAGCAGUGCUAUCCUCCCAGGCUGCAUGGAUAUCUUCUUGUUCCUGCAAUGUGUCCUUGCUAAUGUCCCUGCAGUAAUUAUGUCCUCUUAUAUGUAUGUCCUGGCCCUUAGUUUUUAAGUGCUUUACUCAGUGGUGUCCAGAAACAUGUCAUUAACAUAAAUUGUUCAUUUAAUGCAGACUGUCACACCAUUUUGAUUUCAUAAGAAUUCUCCCGAUUUUGCUUGUAAACCCCAAAUCCCAACCAAUCUGCAGUUGCGAUAGGAAAAAUCCUGAUUUUGAUAUCUGUUUUUAUAUUUUCAAAUGAAUUCUUAUGAUACUUAUACAAGAACACCUAGACUCACAGAGUUACUGUCUUAACUGAAACUAAUAGCUAGAAAUCAUAAAAAAUGUAUGAAAUUUACAAUAAAAUCAAGUACUAAAAUAAGCAAAAGUAUGGCAAUCGAUUUAGCAAGACCCCUCUAGCAGCUCACACCUUUAGCGCUUGUGUGAUUUGUUGGUGGUUAAAAAGUAUCUUGAUUUUACAUACCCUCUUUAUUUACCCAAAAGGUUGGACAGUCUGAUAUGAUUUCUACAAAUUAUGCUUUUGUCCCAGUGAAAUAAUACUAUGUUGUAUUUCUGAACCAGACUGAUGAAUUAAGGCUUAGUGUAGAAUACUUCUCAUUACAAUUAUUUAAUUUGUGAUAUUGUUGUUCUCUUUUAUUGAAAAGGUGAAUGUAAAGCUGAAAGUUCCUGGAAAGAAACUGGAACACCAUGGAAUUAAAAUUGAGUUUGUCGGACAGAUAGGUAUGCAGAGAUUGUGUGUAUGUUAUUUUGUUACACUGAUGCAACAUUGUGUGAUUUUUUUAAUUGAGGCUGCUGUAUGUUCAAUGGCACUUUGUCAUAGUGGGUUCAUUAAUUUGUUGAAAGUCCUGGAAGGUUUUAGGCCUGUAUACAGGGAUGCACUUUAUAAACAGGGCUCAAAGUUUAAAUCUGAGUUUGGGAGCACUAAGUCUUGUGCUGCCAGAUGUAAGUUUUUAGGCGCACUGCCGAAAUUUUAGGCGCACAGCUGAAAAUUUUAGGAGCACAGCUUAUAAUGUUGGGAGCAUCUAUUUCAAAAGAAAAAGUAAAAAGUUUAACAGUGCCACAUUUAUUUGUCAUCUUCAGUUUGUUACUUUACUUCAGUCCUGUGAUUGACAAAACACAGUCGAUUUGCUAUGCAGUAAUACUGUUGUGAUUUUUAAUACUAAUUAUUUUCUCUUUUUGACAGUACAGUUGUGACUAAAGAAAACUUACACUUGAAAAACAAUUCAAAACUGAUAACAAUGAGUGUGUCGAACGAGAAUGAAAAUUAAUCUUUAAUGAAUUUGUUAAAUGCGCAUUGACUUACAUGUAACUGAAAUAUGACUUAAAAAAAACUUUCUUAGCUGGAAAAAAAGGCUUUUAAUCUGCACUGUUUUUGUUUUGAUUGACGUUAAAACUGAACGUUCGACAUGAGCGUCCAUUGGGCAAAAAGUAUGUAUUUCGUUCGUAGCAUAUAUUUGCAUGUGUCAGCGGUGUUUAUUACCUAAACAGAAGAGUCUGGGAUGGAGUAAAACAUCAAAACGAAAAAGAACAUUCGAGUUUGUAGAAUCCAUUGGGAGAAAAGACCAAUUAAACAUAUACCGUCUUUCUAGUUCGAGUUCGUAAGUAUAGUCGGAAGUAAGUCAGUCACACUGUGCUUUGGGUGUUACGGCGCACAGGUGCGAUGAUUACACAUGAAUCUUUAGGCGCACAACCAAAAAUCCAGUCGCAUAUGUGAUCAGUUAGUCGCUAACUUUGAGCCCUGAUAAAUGUACAAAGUUCUGGAAUGAGUUUUGGUCCAGAACAAAAAUGAAGGAUAUACCUGUAUUUUUUUUAUUAAUAGUAAAAAAUAAAUAAGAAGAAUUUUUAUUACCUGACAUUCAAUGGUGAAUCUUUGAGACAAACAUUGUGCGCAUAAAAUGGCUAUGCCUAAAAAAAUUACCAGGUGGGGACUUUAAAGAAAUGGGCCUUUGGCAUUUAAUGACCUGAAGAUGUCACAGCUACAUUUCAGAAACAUUUGGUAUGAAAUAUAAUAUAUUUUUAAAGUCUGCUAUCAUUAUUCUCUCUAUUUUCAGAACUUUUUUAUGACCGUGGUAAUCAUCAUGAAUUCACAUCAUUAGUAAGAGAUUUGGCACCCCCUGGAGAGUUGACACAGAGUACAAAUUAUGAUUUUGAGUUUGUCAAUGUGGAGAAGCCUUAUGAAACUUACACAGGAGCAAAUGUCAGGUUAAGGUGAGUUGUACCCUUUUACUAGGGAUAUGUCAUCNUGAUAAAUGUACAAAGUUCUGGAAUGAGUUUUGGUCCAGAACAAAAAUGAAGGAUAUACCUGUAUUUUUUUUAUUAAUAGUAAAAAAUAAAUAAGAAGAAUUUUUAUUACCUGACAUUCAAUGGUGAAUCUUUGAGACAAACAUUGUGCGCAUAAAAUGGCUAUGCCUAAAAAAAUUACCAGGUGGGGACUUUAAAGAAAUGGGCCUUUGGCAUUUAAUGACCUGAAGAUGUCACAGCUACAUUUCAGAAACAUUUGGUAUGAAAUAUAAUAUAUUUUUAAAGUCUGCUAUCAUUAUUCUCUCUAUUUUCAGAACUUUUUUAUGACCGUGGUAAUCAUCAUGAAUUCACAUCAUUAGUAAGAGAUUUGGCACCCCCUGGAGAGUUGACACAGAGUACAAAUUAUGAUUUUGAGUUUGUCAAUGUGGAGAAGCCUUAUGAAACUUACACAGGAGCAAAUGUCAGGUUAAGGUGAGUUGUACCCUUUUACUAGGGAUAUGUCAUCUCAUUUGAGGCACUGCUAAGGUACAUGUAACUUUUGCUAAUGUUUGUGCAACUUGUCUUGCACCAUGGCAAGACAAGUUAAAUCAGACAUUGCUUAGUCAAUAGUGGGACACGCCAUGAAAUGGACAUGUAACAUUUACUGCAAAAUUAAUUAGAUCGUUCAGGUAUGGAUGCAUACCAGUUUCCACUGUUUCACGGAAAUUGGUCAGAUUUUUUCUAAUAAAUACAUUUGUAGGAAAAAACAAGACUUUCCAAGUUGAAAGCUGGAAAAUGGUUUGGACACUCAGUAAAUAUCCUGUUUGAAUGAAUGCUUGCCCUUCUGGUGCUCGCUCAGCAUGUCAAUCAGGAGUUAUUCUAGAUCUGCACCUGUCGUUGUUGUACUUUCUGCAAUGCUUGAGAAGCAAGAUCCUACAUUUACAUCUACAUCAAACAGGAUGGUCACUAAGAGCUGGGAGAUUUUCCCUGACCCUGUCUUCUCUUAUAAGAACUAAGGGAAUUUGGAACCAAAAUAACUUCCUAGUUGUAUAAGUCCCUGCCUAUGUAAUUGCUGACCAGGCAACUAGAAAAUAUUCUAGUUUACAAUUUACAUUUCAAUGUGAGUGACAGCCCUGCUAAAGUUGUAGAAAAAUUGUAAAUAUGCUCUAUGUGUUGAAAUGGUCAUUGAAAUGGUGUAUGAAACGCUACCUUAUGUACAUUGAAAUAGUGUCUUUGCUUAUUGUAAUGAUAUUAAUGAAUUUUGUAACCCCCUAUUCACUUAUAGUCAUUCUUUGAUUUUGCACUAUCUUUAGGUAUUUCCUGCGAGUCUCCAUCAUCAGGCGAAUCAGUGACAUCUCUAAAGAGUUAGAUCUUGCAGUCCACACUCUAUCAAGCUUCCCUGAGAUGAAUAACAGGUACUAAUUAAAAUAGAUAACAAAAAGAAAGGUUCUAAGCCAAUAUAUGAGUUCUCCGUUGCUCAAGGUGGACAGAGUGCCCGCCCGGUGCUUGGGAGGUCAUACAUGUAGGUUUGAGUCCGGUUGGGGAUUUUUUCUUUGUCCCACUCUUGUGACUGAUCAUUUCAUUUUCAUAUAUGUGAGUGGUUGAAAAAGAACUCGGAAGCAUUUAGGCUUGAAUAUUUUCAGGUUCUUUUUCAACGGCUUACGUUUUCCAUUCUGAUGAUUCUGUUCAUUUCGAUUAUUCUGAUGCUUGUGCAUAAGUGCUAGCUUGCAAGAUAUUAUUGUGGAUAUUAAAAAUAGCAAUAUGCAAUUCAAUACAUGUAGGAUGAAAUCAUUUUAAUAUAGAUCAUUAAUUAUGGUGUUGUUUCUUUUAGCAUCAAGAUGGAAGUUGGAAUUGAAGAUUGUUUGCAUAUAGAAUUUGAAUACAACAAGUCAAAGUAAGAUCAAGUAACAGCAGAUGUUUAUGCAGCUGGCAUGUGAUUGCUGUUACAUUGUACAUGUACAUCAUUUUCUUGGUUUGGCUUGCUGCAAUGAAGACACUAUUGCUUUUACUAAUUGUUCUUGUCAAACACUGUACACUGUACUACCAAUGAAGGCACUAAACAUGCUGGUAUGUUGUACUUGGUACAUGCAUUUUCUGAAAUUAAAGAUAUUGCCUCACUUUGGUGUUGACUCUUCCAGAAUAUUGGCCAAUUUUUUAAAGGUCUCUGAAAUACCUUUUGCUUAGUAUUAGUGAUUUGUUUUCAUAUCAACAUUUUGCUUGCAAUAAUACUUCAGGUGGUGCAGCCUUUUUUUGUAGUUCUUGAAUUUUGCUUGAACUUGAAGUUAAAAUGUUUCACUCUAAUGCAUUCCUUUACUUUCACACAUACGUAGCAGGUUCUCUACAAACCAUUUUUAACAUGUUUAUCAUAAAUAAUAUUUUUACUUCAAUAAUGCUUGUCCAUCUAAGUUCUAAUUUAAGUGAAUUUUUAUCCAGAUAUCACUUGAAGGAUGUAAUUGUGGGUAAGAUUUAUUUUCUUCUUGUGCGGAUCAAGAUAAAACACAUGGAGUUAGCAAUUAUCAAAAGGGAAACAACUGGCACAGGUAGAUCUUUUAUUGUUAUUAUGAUGAUCUAGUUACUUUUGCUUAAUUUAAUAGUAUAGCUAAUACUGCGGUUGGAAGUCAAGUUGUACAAUGUACAUUAGGUGUACCAGUGUAUGGUAACAGAAAAUGAAAAAUUUACAGGAGUCAUCUCUUCUGUUGAUGUUCAAUGUAUGAAUCUUAGCAGCCAUGCUCCUUCAUCUUUGUUAUUAGCCCUUUUCCCCAGAGUGAUUAUCGUUACCGGUAUGUAGUUCUUCAGCUACAGUACUCGUGCAUAUGUCACAGGUCAAAAUUAAAUUCAGGUUAAAAUUUUUUAACCUAGGUUGAUUCUCUGUUUCCUUUGUCUCCUAGCCAUAAUUCACGAAUAGUUAGGGCUACAAGACAAGAGAAAUUGAGAAUCAGCCCAGGUGAAAAAAUAUUUCACCUUAAUUUAAUUUUGAUCUAUAACAAAUAUAUCAUACAAUAAUGACUAUAAUAAUAUUUAUUAGAUAACAUUCAGUACUGAAUGUCUAUAACAUACUGGUUAAUUUCCAGACAGCUUGAUCGUGUAAAGAAGUUUAAACUUAUGAAAAUGUCAUAUUCAAAUAUUGGCCAUAGUGAUUCAUUCUUUUAUUCAUUAAUUUGUGUUUUCUUUAGGACCCAAUACUUACAAUGAAAAUGAAACAAUUGCCAAAUAUGAAAUCAUGGAUGGAGCACCAGUCAGAGGUAUUGCCCCUGAAUCAUUUCUCAAGCUUCCCAUAACCCCUUACACCCUACAGUAGCUGUGAUCAACAAUAUAAAUGGGAUUUUCCUAAUGCGGUAGUGCUGUUACUUAGAGCAAAUGGAGAUUUGGUAGCUAAUAUAUUUGCACCCUUUCCUUAGCUGGACAGGCUCCAAACUAAUCUCUUAUCAAAAGGUUUUAAAUCUUUGAGUAAUAGCUGCAUUAACAAAUUUACCAGACUUGUUUCGACUGUACAUGUAUCCAUCAUUUUGAGUGUUACAUAAUUAUGGUGGAAUUACUGUUGAAUUUAAUUUAUAUGCGAUGUUACAAACUUUGUUACAUUGCAUUGACAAUAAUAUUAUUGCAUAUUUACUUCAAAGUUUCAAUUAGUGACAUCAAGGUACAGGGAGAGAGUCAGGUUUAUGUGUUUCACCUGCCGGUUGAGCUUGGUUUUCUCCCAUUUUAUGACAAGGAUUCCUUAAGCUUAACUCGAUACUUAGUAGCUGCAGAGUCCAGGAUCUCAAAGCAAUCCAGUGUGCAGGAUGUUUGACAAAACUCUGAACUCUGCAGAUGUCUAGAAACAAUCUGCCAGAAAGUAAGCGCUUUUGCACUUGUGUGGAGAAAUGUCUGCUGGUUUCACGGUCAACAUAAGCAUUACCACUUGCACAUGAAAAUUUAUAGACUACAAAUGUGAAGCCCACCAUACUGGAGAACAAUAGUCUAAUCUGCAAAAUACCACUUGAGGUAUUUAGGACCUUCUCCAAUGUCCUGGUGUUGUGAAGAUGUCUCACCCUAUUGACAUGUAUCUCAUAUAAACUACCACUGAAGCAAACAUGAUGAAACAUUUUUUGUAAUAUGUUCAUCAAAGCUAAGGGCGGAGGCUACUUGAAAUCCUAGGUUUCAUUGUGUACAGUGUACAUGUAAAUGGCCUUACAUGUACAAUGCUAAAAAGACAGUCAAAUUCACUCUCUGUUUACGGAAAAAUAAUAUGAGUUAGUGUAACAACAAUGUAGCUCUUUAGCAAAAGUCACUCUAGGGUUUUUUAGCCACACUUUCAUGAAUGUGUCUUUCUUUUCUAACAGCUACAGUACGUACAUUGAUUUUAUUUUAUAAUUUUUCUUUUAGGAGAAUCUAUACCUAUCAGACUUUUCCUCGCUGGUUAUGAACUGACACCAACUUUUAAAGAUGUCAACAAAAAGUUUUCUGUGAGGUACUUCUUAAAUCUUGUGCUAGUUGAUGAAGAAGAAAGAAGAUACUUCAAGCAGCAGGUAUGACACUUCAUUAUAAUUCAAAGAACACAGACUGCAAAUUACUGUUAAAAUAAUAAUGUCCUCCAUUCUAAACCUGUGACUUUGUUUGUCAUGUCUUUUGUGUUACAUAAAUUAUUAUGGCAUUUCCAUUUCCAUUUUCAGCAUAACCAGCUUCUGGUGUAUUUAUAUAUAGGCACUGGAGCAUAUUUUCUACUGUGGUAUUCCUAGGUUCGCACAGUCUCGAAAAGCCUUGAAUUUCAGGGGGAGUCCUUGAAAAGUCCUUGAAUUUUCUUUGAUAAAUUAUUAUCUCUUAUAUUUGUUGUUUUAUGCAAGAAUUAACUAUCAAUUUAAUCAAGUGAACUGAAAAAUGUAGAGAAGUUGGUGAAGCAAACAGUUCAACCCUUAAACGUCCUAUUAGAAUGGACUGGGAAUGUGCAUUUUGGUACAAUUCUGUGAAAUUACAUUCCUAGUAGGUGGUCCUUGAAAAUUGAAUGUAGUCCUUGGAAAGUUCUUAAAAAGUGGUUGUAAUUUUUUGUUUGAACCCUGUAUUCCUGAAAAAUAUUGAAAUCUCUUUCUCCCUGGCUAUUAAGUAGUUAGAAACCCUUUUAGUGGCAUUUAAUUUCUCUAUCAAUACAUGAUCACAAACAGUAAAUUUAUCCCGGGUUAACAGUUUAACCUGUAAAUGAAUACUUAUUCAUGGUUCCAUGCAAUGACAUACAGUACGGUGCAAACACUGCUUUCUCGAUGUAAAAGAACCCUUUUUUGCUUGAAAAGAUGUAUAGAAGGGACAACUGCUUUACUAGCCAGUGUCACGUAAUUUAAUCUUGGUUAGUAACGUUUGCAAAGCAGUGCGGAGAUCCUUGUUCUGGUCCCCCAAUGGACUCAACAAAUUACUGGAAAUGCGUUUUUUUGACAGGCCAAUCAUGGCACGUACUCAAAUCCUGGUACACAGGUAGGGGCCUGGAGAAGGAUUUUGGUGCUGUUUUGCAGACAGACUUAACCAGAGUUUAGUUUUGUCUGUGGGGCAGGCUACUGCUUUACAGGAGCGAAUGGAUAUCGGUAUAAAGAAAAGUUGGUCAUGCAGAAAAUUUAUUUUUAAUGGAAUUUAAAGUUUCUUCCAUUCGCCUACAGUUCUACAGUUACAAUUCAAUAUAAAUACAUGUACUGUAUAGAUAAGAUAGCUAGGGAAUCCCCUAGUGGCCUGGGGUGUGUAAGAUAAAGGGGCCAAUGAAAGAGGUAUUUAAUUACAAUGUAGCAGGGCAUACACACAGUAUUAACAUCAUCCAUCUGCGAUUGUCUCUUAAAGGAAAUAGUUUUGUGGAGAAAAGGAGACAUAAAGAAAAAAUCAGGGAUCCUAACAGAGAAGCUAAAACACUCAAGAGAUGAAAACAAGCCAGCAGACAAUGAAGAGUAA